CAGUGCCGGCACGUCCUUCCCCGGAGCAGGGGACUGGUUUCGGGAACCCAAGGCAGGUGGAGGUGGGGAGGGGGCAGGAAUACCGCCCUCCCCAACCCGCGGUGAGGCCCUUCCUCCCCUCACCCUGAGCACUGCCCCCUCCCUCUCCACGGGCUGCGCUCCGAUACCAUCCGUGCAGAGAGAGAAAUGCAAAGCAUCGCUGGCUGCGGGGGAUUCACUGCGGAGAGGCUGACAGAGUAACACUCUUGCCCAUAGUUUUGUAAGUUCCCCCGGGCGGCUGCAGCAGCGGCGUCGCUCCGUCACCUCGGGGCAAUGCCGCAGGGGGGAAUGGAGAAAUUCCUGCAGAUCGCCCCCCACUCUCUGGCCGUGGUGCUGGCUCGGAGCGGCUCGGCCAGGGCUGCGGUGGCGGUCACCGACAACAUUCAGCACCAUCACACCGGCUACGAGAUCUUCGCCGACUUUAAAGCGGAGAACAUGCAGCACUUCUGGAACAAGAGAGUGACAGACGCCAUCUCGGAGGCUUUCUUCCUCGGCUGGAUCGACGAACACGUCCUGCUGAUCCAGGGCAAGGAGUCCCACCUGGAAGUGUUGAGGGAAGCCUGGAUGAGGAGAUCCCUUAAACCUCCCCGGGGCUUCGGUAUAAAGUAUCUGGGUGAUGUGUCACCAAUCAGCAUGUCCCCCAUCAGCCAGUCCCAGUUUAUUCCUCUUGGAGAAAUACUUUGCUUGGCCAUCUCUGCAAUGAAUGCUUCAAGGAAGCCAGUCACACAGGAGGCACUCAUGGAACACUUAGCUACUUGUUUCCCAGGGGUCCCAACACCCAGUCAAGAUAUUCUUCGCCAUACGUUGAACAUGCUCGUAAGAGAGCGGAAAAUUUACCCAACUCCUGAUGGAUAUUUCAUUGUAACUCCUCAGACUUAUUUUAUCACCCCUUCCCUCAUAAGAACAAAUAGUAAAUGGUACCAUCUAGAUGAAAGGAUACCUGACCGGGCUCGAUGUACUUCACCACAGCUAGGGACUAUAACUCCUUCCAACUCUGGCUGUCUCCGAGACAGAGCUCAUCACAGAAACCAUUGUGAUUCUUGCAACUGUUUUAGAGAAGAAUUUCACAAUCAUUCCUCCACUCUCCAGAAAAGAUCAAUGAAGGAAUGUAAAGAUUCCUAUUGCCCUCCUUCUUUCAGCCAGAUGCCGGUAACCCAGACUGAGAAAAGCAGGAGUACGGUUAACUGUUCAUACAAAACUGAAACGUUGCCAAAACCCAAGGAUGGAGAAAAGCAAUCCAAAAAAUUUGGACUGAAAUUGUUCAGAUUGAGCUUUAAAAAGGACAAGUCAAAGCAGUUAGUGAAUUUUUCAGCCCAGUUCCCUCCUGAGGAAUGGCCGUUGCGUGAUGAGGACAAUCCAACCUCUAUACCAAGGGAAGUGGAACAGGAGAUAAUCAAACGCAUUAAUCCAGACCUGACGGUGGAAAACGUCAUGAAGCACACAGCGCUAAUGAAGAAGUUGGAAGAAGAUAAGGCCCACAGAAAUAAAGCAGGCUCAUCCGCCCAGCAUAGUGGCAAGAGCAAAAAAAGUAGAAGUCACAAGAAGUCCCAUGGUAAAUCCCGGUCACACAGCAAGUCCAGGGCUCCAAAAGGGGAACAAUCAGAAGAUACCCAUCUGGAUGUUGCAGAAUCCAGAGAGUAUGAGUUUUAUGACCCAAUUACCAGAUCCCCAUGUGAGAAAAGUGCCACUGUAGAAAUGAAGGGUGAUAAUGGGUUUCUCUCACAUGAUAAAAUUAACAUGGUUGAAUCUCAUUUUCCUGUGACCCCCGAAUGGGAUGUGUCUGGUGAUCUUUACAAGCGAAGGAUGGAGAGUCGAUUUCAUGAACAUUCUCGGGAAAGUUUGCAAUCCAAGGUUCAUCGGAGCCACAGCCAUACUCAAGACAGAAAAUCAAGGACUGAUAGGGCCAGCAAAGCCAAGGAGAGGUCUAGAUCAAUGGAUAAUUCUAAUCGACCUCUUGGCAUGACUUUAUCAGGCACAACAGAAGAGAUGCAAGAAUGCAGCGUGGAUGAAAGCCAGUCAAAUAAUAACAAAUUACGUUCUUCCAAAUUACUCAGUCACCACAGACCAGGAUUGUCAUCACAUUCAAAUCAUGUUACUGAGCCAAGCAUACCGGAAUGUGUAAAUAUUGAUGAGGCAGCAACAGUUAGUGAAGCCUGCAAUCCAGUGGAGCACCCAAGACCUGGAGAUGGUUUGCCUAAAAAUGACGAACCUAACUGUACUACCAAUGCAAAAGCUGAUGAUUACUUUCAGUGUAAUGCAUCCAAGGAGACUGCUCAGGCUGUGUCUUCUCCAUCAGCUAACUGUAAUGAUGAGUGUCUGUUUAAAGAUUAUGAUACGUUAACCUUGUCAGAUGGUGUCAAGAAGCUGUCUCCUCUGGAUAGGUUCUUGAAGCACCCACCUAUUGAAGAGAAUGUGAAUGGACAGCUUGAACAAUUGUCACUGCAGCAGAAACAUUAUCCGGAAACGAUAGAUAUGAAUAGCGUUAAUUUGCCUGUAGCUGGGCAGGCAUCUCCCCCAUCAUUGCCAAAUGGACAAGUAUUUAAAUCACAGUCGGAAAUUCAAUCUGUAAAUCACAUGGAGAAUAAUUAUCAGGAAUCCACUUUAUAUGAACCCCAACAUAAACCAUCAGAGGUGCUUCACCCAGACUGUGAGAACUUUGUUGGCCUAAUAAGUGUGGCUCAAUCACUGCCUGUCCUACAGGGACAAGAGGAUGAAACAGGACAUCAGGAAUCUUCCUUUGACUACUAUAAUGUGUCUGAUGAUGACUCAGAAGAUGGGAUCAACAAAAACCAAGAGGAGGGUAAAAGCCGAGAUGAUGGUGGGACUGUGCAGUGGUUGCUAGAACGAGAGAAAGAGAAAAAUCUCCAGAGAAAGUUUGAAAAGAAUCUAACUCUUCUGAGCCCAAAAGAGAGUGACAACAGUACCAGCCAGAAAGCUUUACAUUCUGCUCGAUUAGAUAGUAUGGACAGCAGCAGUAUCACUGUAGACAGUGGAUUUAAUUCUCCACGGUAUUGAGUGGGUAAUGCAGCUUACUGCAUGGCAUUCGCCUACAUCAUACUGCAUGAAACGUCCAUUGCGAUUUUGAUAAAGAAGAGAAAAAAAAGCACAAAUUCGUUUGCACUUCAUGACUUGGUUUCUUGAUGGUAUUCUAUGACAACUUCAUGUUUAGAAGUAAUCGUCUUUAGAGCAUUUUGAAACCAGCAAAAUAACUCCUGUGAUUUUGUGAAACCAGUGCAUGUGUUAAAUCUGAACAAGCACAUACGUGGCUGUCUUACACACUGAAGAUACUAUCUUCAAACUUAUGGUCCGUGAUUUCCAAUAAGCAUUGUUAAAAGCUAUAUGGUACCAACAGAUACAUGUUGCACUAUUGAAAGGUAAAAUAAUGUCUGACUUUUUUACUGUACAAGAUUAUACAUCUCGUGUUACUGUACAUAUAAAUAAAUAUUGAAGGUGUCAAAAGCAAACCCU